AUGCCACGAAGUGAUGGACGGGAUGUGCCUGUCUUUACGGUGGAGCUCGGCCUCCGAAACUCCGAGCUCAAGCUCCAGACCGAGGUGUCAACGCCGCGAAAGACGCCCAGAAGGCAUAGCCGCACAAGGGCCUCCUCUUUGGCACCACCCCUGGUGCCGAGUCCGGCCAAGCCGCCGACACCGGAACCCCGUCCACCGUCGCCGCUGCGACGGCCUCCUACUGGGCGACGGCGGAGCAAAGCCCCCCAGGCUCCACAGACUCCCGGUGCAAGGGAGGAAGAGGCUCCGCAGCGCUCGAUUCGGGACCAUCGCAGCGUACGCAUUGCUGCAGCGACGGUCGACAGCAAAGCAGCCCAGCAGACGGAGACUGCCAGAACGCGGUCGCCGACCCGCUCACCCAUCCGCUCGCCUGUGCUCUCUCGACGAAGCUCUCCUCGUGCAGUGACUGUUUUAGGCCUGCACGGGAGACCGCCCUCGAUGCUGGAGCGCUCGGAAGCAUGGCAGAAGCAACGCGAGGAGAAGCUACAAGCUUUGAGGGAGAAGUGCCAAGCCGAAAUAGGCUCCUUCUCCCCGAACCUGUACCGGCCUGUACGCUCUCCUCGGUGGCUGGCUGGGCCAGAGGGUGGCGGAGGUUUGUUCGAGCGUGGGAUGCGGUCGAUCGCCAGGCGUGCUUUGGAGAAGAGGCGGCACGAGGAGGCUCAGCUCGAGUCGGAACUCUUGCAGUGCCCGUUUACGCCAAAGCUGAGCACCUGGUCUCCGGAUUCGAGGCCCAGCUCCGCCACGGCAUCCCCAUCGCCAAAGAGGAAGCCCCUGCGAGCCGUGGUGGCUUCAUUGGCUUGGGAUGAGCGGCCAAACCCGGAAGGUCAGGUCACUCCGGAGCGGGCGAAAGAGUUCUACCAGAAGCAGCAGGCGUGGUUCGAGGCAAAGCAAGAGGAGCAAGACGAGCUUCGCAAGGAGCACAUCUUCCGCACCUUGCAGGAAGAGGCAGAAGCCCGGAAGAGCGAUCGUCCCCCGAGAUGCGAGACAGGCUCUCUCAAGGUUGGUGGCGUUUUAUCGAGGACUGUCUACGAUCGCCAGGUCGCCUGGCUACGGCAACGUGACGCCGAGCUCCUUGAGCAGCGCAAGUCGCAGUUCGAGGCGGUCACGAGCCGAGACUCUUUCGGCUCGGGCAAUGACACGCCGAGGAGGCGGCCCAUGUCGGCGCCGGUUACGCCACAGCGCAAGUUGGAGGCUCCGACUGCCAGUGGCGCGGGCGCAGCGCUCCUGGCCAAGCUCAAGGCCGCCAGGUAUCUUGACGACGAGCCUCCAGCGCCACGACGGCACACGGAGCCGCGCGGGCUCUGGAGCCGUCCACCACGCCCGAGGUCUGGCAUGGUUGCAUGCACGACCUGCAGCCGACCAUGCCCCAUUGACAUUCUCCACUGCAAGCACUGUGGCCAGAAGCGCCUGAAGGUGGCCGCCGCUCGGGGCGAUCCUUGUGGCUUAGACUACACUGCCAACUUCGGCUGGCCGAAUUCAGAGGUGCGGCAUUGGUGCAACAUCAAACAGAGGCUAGAUAAGUACAUUGCCAAUGCUCCAGCUGCGCGUGAACCCAGCCUAUCUCCAGAGGAAAUGGAUGGUGGGGUCAGCGGUGGCACCCGCACCCAGCUGGCGGGAACUUUCCUCGCGGAGCAGACCCACUUCCAGCCCCCUAAGUACACCCUGGUCAGCGUGAGCUCAGCUCUCGGGCCGGAUGGCUGUCCCAGGCACGUUCCCAGCUCGUCCAGUGCCGCAGAGCGAAACGGCCGCAUUCGCCCUUCCGGGGGUCCGGCACCAGUUAUGACGGUUAUCCCUGCGCUGGCUGACAUCGAGCCCUUGCUGAAGGGCUUUCAGCUAGCAGAAGACAAUGAACAGCAGGAGAAGGAAAGAACGGACGAGUUCGUGAAGAGUGCGGCGCGUGUCGAACAAGGAUCGAAGGAGAAAGAGGCCACUGAGGAUUCUCCUCCACGGCCCCGGAGAGGAGGAGCCAGGGGAGCGGCAGAGCGCGAUGCCGCGGCUGCCUCCGAGGCCGUCAAUCGACUCUGCGCCGGUCGACACACGCCGUGGGUGGCCAAGAGGACAGACGCUGAACUUUACAGCUACCUUGCACAGCGCAGUCGAGAUCCCAACAUGGCCAAACUUGCAGCAUCAGCCGAGCUAGCAUCGCCCAAGGCGGCAGACUCGACGGAUAGCUCUCCCCGGAGCAAGGCCAGACAAAAGCACAGCAGUCACAACGAGCUCUUUGACUCUUGCCUGCGGCAGGACCAGACUCGUCCGCGAAGUGUCUCUCAAAUGCGCUCCGUGUUUUGGAGCUCAUUGCCACCCAGCUGUUCUCCGAAGUCUCCUCGCUCGCCAAUGAGGACGCGCCCAGCGUCUCAAGAGAGGCCCAAGGCUCGCGAGAGAGCGUUGACGGAUCGGCUGUAUGGUGACUAUCUUCGUCGGAAGGAGAGAGCCAAGGCCCGGGAGCUGCUCGCUGGUGUGCCCUGGGACAAGGACAAGACGGAGUCGGAGAUGCUCUUCAUGCAGUCGACGAUGACCCCUCGGCCCAGCGACAUGUUUAGCUCUCGCUUCUCUGAGCUGAUCGAGGAUCUUUCUGUCAAGGAUAUACCUGUCUUACCGGAGGAUCCUGUGGAGACAUUCCUUCAGCGAAAGCCGAAGAGGGAUGACGCUAGUUCCAAAUCCUUGGUCAAGAAGAAUUCAUCCUACUACUUCGACAAGGAUCGGCCGGUCAAGAAAUCCACGGUGCAGAAAGGUUCUUCCAAAAAGGGGCUGAACUUUCUCUCCUGA